AUGCCGUAUAAAACAUGUUUAUGGGUUAGUGUUUAGUCAACUCAGAACAAGCUCGCAGUUUCAUUGCUUUCUGUUACCGAUUGGACGUGUCGCUCAUACUAAACACAGCGAUGAGUGUAAACAAAGAUUUGGAAAGAGAAAGAGCUAAUUGCACUUUCAAUGUUAGACAGCUAACGGAAUUCUUUGACGGGGGCCCACAAAAAACAUUGGAACGGAAAGAUAGAGAAAAGUUACUGUUAUCCAAGAGGAAGGAUUUGUUUGACGGUGUCCCUCUUAGUUGCCUCAGUCAUAAGGAGAAAUACGAAGAAUCUAUACGGAGAGACGUCAUCCUUUUUGAUUUAGUUCGCCAUGCCGUGGGUAGCCGAAACCUGAGUAAUUAUGGCGAUAUCCUAUUCAAUGUACUUCGAUGUAUGUCGUCGUGUGAUGGCUCACCAUUAAUCCUGCAUUACAUAAUGUUCAUGCCGGUGUUCCUGAGCCAGGCUGACGAAGAACAGCAGAAAGAGUGGUUCCCCAGGGCAUGGGAUUGCAGUAUUAUCGGUAGCUAUGCACAGACUGAGUUGGGUCACGGCACGUUUAUCCGAGGUUUGGAAACGACAGCGACCUAUGACCCUGAUACUAAACAGUUUAUACUCAACAGUCCCUCCAUGACUUCAUACAAAUGGUGGCCUGGUGGAUUGGGGAAUACUGCAAACUAUUGUAUAGUGAUAGCGCAAUUAUAUACCAAAGGACAAUGUCAUGGGAUUCAUUCUUUCAUCAUACAAGUUAGAGACGAGGAGACCCAUAUGCCUCUACCGGGAAUCAAAGUAGGAGAUAUAGGUCCCAAGAUGGGACUCAAUGCGGUGAAUAAUGGUUUUAUGGGUUUUGAUAAUAUAAGGAUACCAAGGAGGAAUAUGUUGAUGAAAUACGCCCAAGUUUUGGAGGACGGAACGUACGUGAAGUCUCCGAACAGCAAGUUGAAUUACGGUGCGAUGAUAUUCGUGAGGGUGGUGAUUGUCUACGAUAGCGUCAACUACCUGAUCAGGGCUGCCACAGUGGCCACCAGGUUCUCCGCCGUGCGGCGGCAGUGUCAACUAGAUGCUAAAGAGCCAGAAUGCCAAAUCUUGGACUACGUGACGCAGCAGCACAAGAUAUUCAUCAGCAUAGCGGCGAGCUACGCGAUGAAGCUCACUGCCAACAAGCUGUAUGACACAUACAAUCACAUCAACGAACAGCUGGGCGGCGGCAACUUGGAUAGAUUACCUGAGCUGCAUGCUCUAGCGUGUUGUUUGAAGGCGGUGGCUACCUGGGACACCACCCGAUACGUGGAGAGUUGCCGGCUGGCGUGUGGAGGGCACGGCUACAUGCUCUCCUCCAACAUGCCGCAAACCCACGCCUUUGUCAGCGCCUCCUGCACUUACGAGGGGGACAACACCGUGCUUCUUCUACAGACUGCUAGAUUUUUGGUGAAAACAUGGCAGAACGUGCACGGUAGUUUAACUCCUACCGUGGCGUAUAUGAGAGAGGCCAGUGCUAAAGACUUCGCUAGUAAAUGGGAGAAUACUGUAGAAGGAGUGAUCAGUAGUUUCCAAGCGGUGUCUACUAGAAAAAUCGCCUUUUGUGUAGAAAUAAUGACAAAAAGGGUCAAAAAUGGCAUGCCAUUUGCGGAAGCGUGGAAUAUGACUUCAGUGCAGUUGGUUGCAGCGGCUGAGAUUCAUUGCCGUGUGAUCAUUAUAACUACAUUUUACGAAGACAUAAAAACGGCAGCUCCUACUCUACCGUCUCCAAUAAGAGAAGUACUCUACCAGCUGGUCGACUUGUAUGCUGCUUACUGGGCGAUAGAUAUACUUCAAGAUCUUUUAAAGUUCACAUCCAUGUCACAAAGGGACGCAGAAAGCCUACAAGCAUGGUAUGAAGAACUGCUAAGGAAAAUUAGACCCAAUGCUGUUGGACUUGUGGAUGCUUUUGAUGUAAUUGAUGAGUUCUUGCAGUCAUCUCUCGGCGCGUACGACGGUCGCGUGUACGAGCGUCUGAUGGAGGAGGCGCUGAAGAGUCCUCUCAACAAAGAGCCCGUCAACCGCAGCUUCCACAUGUACCUCAAGCCCUUCAUGCAGGGGAAACUGUGAUACUCAAUAAAGUGUUAGAUAUAUUUGUAUUUGGGUACUAGAAUGAGAGAAAUAGCUGCUUGAGGGGUUCGAUUUUUAUUAAAGCGGCUAAAUGAGGAGACGGGUGUCGUUGGUGAGGUCACCAUCCAUGUGUAUAACGAGUCCAAAGAGCCCACGAGGAGGAUGCUAACUUGAGUUAAGGGAAAUGGUAUUUGCAGACUUGGACGUAGUUGGUUGACUCUUGUAGCAGAAUUUGAUUACUGGGUAUAAUGAAAGACAUUGUAGCCCGUGGCGUGGUGUAUUUUAUUUGAAAUUGUAUAGUGGGAAAUAUGAAAAUAUUUUAAUAAAUUCAAUACAAAUACAGUUU